AUGGCCGACAAGAAGGAACCCGAGCAGGAGAUCGAUUAUACCCUAAACAACCCCGAUACCCUCACAAAGUAUAAGAGUGCCGCCCAGAUCUCCCAGAAGGUUUUGGAUGCGGUCACCAAGCUCUGCGUUGCUGGCGAGAAGAUCGUGACCAUCUGCGAGAAGGGCGACAAGCUGUUGGACGAGGAGAUUUCCAAGGUCUAUAGAGGAAAGAAGGAUCUCAAAAAGGGCAUCUCCCACCCGACCACCGUCUCCCCAUCCGCCUUUGUCACACCAUACACCCCACUCACUUCGGACGAAGCCGAAGCUGCAGUUACGCUCAAGGAGGGAGAGGCUAUCAAGAUCCAGUUGGGUGCCCAGAUUGAUGGUUUUGGAACAAUAGUCUGCGAUACAAUCAUCGUCCCUAAGGCCGACGAUGCCAGCGAUGUGGUUGAAGGCCGAGAUGCUGAUCUGCUGUUGGCAUGCCACUAUGCAAACGAGCUUCUGUUACGGUUGAUGGUUCCUCCUGGACUUUUGGCGACUGGUACCGAUGAGGAGAAGGCCAAAGCUGCCAAGGUCAAGGCCCCAACUCAAAGCAAGAUCACAACCCUUCUCGAGAAGGUGGUCAAGAGUUACGAUUGCAACCUGGUUGAGUCGACUACUAGCUGGCAGUUCGAGCGCAACGAGAUUGAGGGUAAGAAGAAGAUUAUUCUGGCUCCUGGAGAUGGUGCAAAAGGCGAAGGCAUUCCAGAGGUUGGUGAAGUCUGGGGCGUUGAGAUGGGUGUCAGUCUAGGUUCGGGCAAGAUCAAGAACUUCGAGAACAGGACAACUCUCCACCGACGUACCACUCUCACCUACGCCUUGAAGCGACCAAGCUCAAAGAAGAUCCUGAACGAGGUCGUCAAGAAGUUUGGUACUUUCCCCUUCAGCUUACGGCAGUUGGAGGACGAGCGGGAUGCGAAGGUGGGUGUUGUAGAGUGUGUUCGAGGCAACGUUUUCCGACAAUACGAAGUGGUUGGAGACAAGGAUGGAGAUCCUGUUGCUAGACUGCUGACCACCAUUGCUAUCACAAAGAAUGGUCUGCAGAAGAUCGCGGCUCCUCCGUCUCCUGACUUGUCAAAACUCAAAACCGACAAGAAAAUUACCGACGAGGAAGUCCUCAAGAUCUUGGAGCAACCACUCGCAAAGGAGACGAAGUCGAAGAACAAGAAGAAGAAGAAGCCCGCGAAGAAGGCUGCGGCUGCAGAUGAUGACGAGGAGAGCAGUGACGACGAGUAA